CCCAUACAGCGCGUGCGCUCCGGUGCUCCGGUCUCACCGUCUCCUCGCGAACAUGGCGGCGCCUGCGCUCUCCAGCCGGGCGGGUUCAGCUGGCAGCAGCCCCACCGCCACACCGACCAGCACCAAACACGUCCCGCACCACCCCGAGCUGGACUUCAGGUCCGGUACCAGAACCGAGGAUCUGAACCGACUAAUCGCAGAGUUCACGAAGCACGAGCAGCGGGAAUAUGACGACCAGCGCGCGCUGGAGAUCCACACGGCCAAAGAUUUCAUCUUCUCAAUGCUUGGCAUGGUGCAGAAGCUGGACCAGAAACUUCCGGUUGCCAACGAGUACCUGCUGUUGUCGGGCGGGGUACGAGAGGGAGUGGUGGACAUGGACCUGGACGAGUUGACCGUGUACGCGCGGGGGGCGGAUUACGACAUGGACUUCACUCUGCUGGUGCCCGCGCUGAAACUUCACGACCGCAACCAACCGGUGACGCUUGACAUGCGUCACUCUGCACUCUGUCACUCCUGGCUCAGCUUGCGCUUGUUCGACGAGGGAACCAUCAGCAAAUGGAAGGACUGUUGCACCGUAGUGGACCACCUCAACGGCGCCACCAACUACUUCUUCUCGCCCACCCUGGUGGCCAGCUGGUUCCACGAGUCCAUCAGCAUGGUCCUCGCUGAGAUCCAAAAGAAACCGCAGCGGGGGGUCCCGCGGGUCGAAAAGGUGGAGCGCAACGGAACGGUCAUUUCUAUUAUUUUGGGCGUAGGAGGCAGUCGGAUGUUGUAUGAUGUGGUGCCAGUGGUGUCGUUCAAAGGUUGGCCCGCAGUGGCUCAGAGCUGGCUGAUGGAGAAUCAUUUCUGGGACGGGAAGAUCACAGAGGAGGAGGUGAUCAGCGGGUUUUAUUUGCUUCCCGCGUGUUCCUCUACGGGCCAGAAGGAAAAGGAGUGGCGCCUGUCGUUCGCUCGCAGCGAGGUGCAGCUUAAGAAAUGCAUCUCUGCCAGUCUGAUGCAGGCAUACCAGGCCUGCAAAUCUCUGAUUAUUAAGCUUCUGUCUCGUCCCAAAGCCAUCAGCCCGUACCACCUGCGCUCGCUGAUGCUGUGGGCCUGCGACCGCCUUCCGCACACAUACCUGGCCCAGGAAGACUACGCCGCUCACUUCCUGCUGGGUUUGAUUGACGACUUGCAGCACUGCCUGGUGAAUAAAGCCUGCCCCAAUUACUUCAUCCCACAAUGCAACAUGUUCGAGCAUCUGAGCGACGACACGGCGGUGCUGCAUGCGCGCAAGCUGUCGUCCGUGCGCACCGACCCCGCCGAACACUUGCGGAGCGCCAUCGAUCACGCCAAGGCCGCGUCCCGCCUCACUCUCCAGCUGCAGUGGCGCGGCGGAAGUUCCAACCUGCCCUCUCCGCUGUCCGACCCCGGCGCCGACCAGCAACCGGACGACCGGCUAGCCAAGAAACUACAGCAGCUGGUCACGGAGAAUCCUGGGAAGUCCAUCUCGGUUUUUAUCAACCCGGACGACGUCACGCGACCUCACUUUCGCAUCGAUGACAAGUUCUUCUGAAGCCACGCUUUCCUUGACCUUUGAUUGGAAAAAUGUGAUCUUUCUGGUCCCGGAUGGAUUUCGGACACAAGCAAGCACACAGCAGGAGACACGAGGUUGAUGCUAGUGUGUGUAUAUGAUGUUAGAAACAGACGUGAUCCUGCUUCAUGGCUGCAAGGUGAAGUUAUGUUUGCAUAUCUGUUCCUCUCCUGUCUGGACGCAGAGAGACUGAUAGAGAGAGAGAGAUUUACGGAGGGAUGUGCGGAAAGGAAUAUUUGUGGCUCAUGUGGAAAACAGGAAACACGUAUAUCUGCUCAGAAGUGCAAUUAGACAAAAUGUGUUUAUACACUGUCGCUUUACUUGUGUAAUCAUGAUGUAACAUACUGUAAACACACGCAUUUUAAACGCCAUCGCUUUCACAAACACUAAAUGCCACUCGCUUUUUUCAGAUACUGUAAACAUAUCUCAUCUAUGUGACAUUAGAUGAGAUACAAGUCAUGUCCAUGUCCAGAAAACAUGUCACCCUCAAAGACAAAAAUUGACGGUUUGAUUUGAAGCCUUUUUUUUACAUUGUGACACUAUUUGUGUUCACUGUGACAUUUCUUCCACAAAUGAUCAUUAAUGUGCUCAGAUCAUUUUUUUUAUUAUCGUGCAUUAACGUCAGUACAUUGUACAAUAACAAUGUCUUAAAUAUUAAGUACUAUAAAAUUGCCUUUGAGUCUUAAUCAUUUUAACUAAAUAUAUAAAAAUAAGGUUAAAUUGCUUAUUAUGACUUAUUUUGAUGAGUUUAUGUAAUGUAAAAAAUAAAAUAAAUAUUAAAAAUAGUAAGUUGAAAUGACUUGUUAUGCCACUUAGAACGUACUUUUAAAUUUAAGGGAGCAAAAAUAUUUGUGAACAAAAAAUUUGACCAUUGUGUUUAAAAGCUUUUGUUUUUGAGGAUGAGAUUUGGUUGCGUUCCAGUUAUGAGAAUCGGGAACGUAAAUGUGUGCCUAACUAUCAUGAUCAUGUUCAAAUGCAAAAAAAGCGUAGUGUAAUGGUUGAAGUCUUUAAACCGUAUUUGUGGCAUUCACUCCGUUUCUCCAACUCAAGUGUGAGUAAAUCAAAAAACUUUAUUUCUUGUGAUUUUAUGUAUUUGCUGCUAAAAAUGAUUGUUGCAUUUAUUAAUUUUACUUUUGCUAAUUAUUUUAAAGAGUACUUUGAUUAUUUAGACGUGCAUGUGACGUGUACAUACUGCUGUAAGUAACCCUGACUACUAUUUUUGACCAAUCCUGUCCACCGAUUAUCAGCAUCGACCAAUCGCGUGAUGUGUUCUGCUAUAUUCAUUAACACGUGCAAAUCUUGGCAGGAGUGACAAAUCGAACUGACCAAACAAGAAUCUUUUAAGCUCUACAGGGACCAAUGGUAAUGCCUUAUCACUGAAAUCAACCAAUGGGGUGUUUUUAUUCCGAUUUAAGAAAGGACUUUUUUCUCUUUAUAUUUGAAUCAGGGCGUGUCAGAAACUGAAGUUAUUUUAGGCGUUUCCAGGCUGAUGCUGUGUAUAUCUGUUCAUAUCAGAAUUGUAUGUACAUGUUAGCGGUAUGAAAUGUGUUCUCUGUUUACGCGUAUGCUUGAUAAACAUGUCAGCAAGAUAACGUAUGUGCUACAGAUCAGUGUUGCAUUGCAUUUUAAACAUGUGUUUGAUAAAUAAAGAAUGUACAA